AUGCUUUUCAUCUGCGGCACCGACUGCAUGCACACAGCAAACCGCACGGUACAACUGGCUGUUGUCAGAUGGAAGACGAUAAGAAAAUUAUUGCUCGUUUUGGGGUUCAAAGCGAAUCGUGGCUUAGGAGAAGUUAAAAUAGCUACCAAAUCUGGUGGACGAGGAAUUUGCAAUGUGAAAUUCAGGGUAUUCAUUGCUCAAAUUGGACCACUAGAGGAAUCAGCAGUAUGGGUGGACGAGACACAGACGGUUCCAGGGCGAGAGGCAGUGCGAACCGUUGCUCAAGCUUCAGAAGAGAGAGACGCUCUGGGACUCAAGCCUACCACAAAGAAAAUGGAUCCAGCCCUUCUGUCCAAACUUUUCCCCGAUAGUUCUGGGAAUAUACGAAUGGAAAGUUUCAACCCUCAGUGGUAUUUGCUGGAGCAUCAUUCGGAAACAUCCAUAGAAGAACUACGGGAGGCACUGAAAAUGAUGCAGCUUGCUAAAGCUGACGAAGCAAAGAAAAGCGAAAAGAUGCACAAGGCCAAUCUUUACUCUCUCAUCAACUGUGUUGAUUCACUAGCUGUCCUGCAUGGAGAACUCGAGCGCAGUAAUAAAGCAGGAGAGUUUGCUGUCAUCAAACAAAUCGGGCAACCAAAUUUCUGA